AUGCGUGUGGAAUGUCAGUGCUGGGCCUGUCCAGGAAGUCAGUGUGAUAAACAGCUGCUGGCAUUGCCACCUCGUCAUUGCUGUCACUGUCAUUCCCAGGGCGAGAGCUCCCAGACCUUACGGCGAUCCAAGAGAAGAUGGGUUAUUACCACCUUGGAGCUGGAGGAGGAGGACACAGGACCCUUUCCCAAGCUCGUUGGUGAGCUGUUCAACAACAUGUCUCAUAACACGUCACUGAUGUACCUCAUCAGCGGACCUGGAGUGGAUGAAUAUCCAGAGGCUGGCUUGUUUUCUAUCGAAGACCACGAGAAUGGAAAAAUCUAUGUUCACCGCCCUAUUGAUCGGGAAACAACACCGUCUUUUAUGGUGCGUUUCGACGUUGCGGAUCGCACGACAGGGCAGAUCGUGGAUAAAUCCUUGAUUUUCCACAUUAGGAUCAGCGAUGUGAACGAUCACGCUCCCCAGUUUCCUGGGAAGGAGUUUAACGUCACUGUGAAGGAGAAUCAAACGGCAGGUCAAACUAUUUUUCAGAUGGUGGCAGUUGAUUUGGAUCAAGAAAACACUCCAAAUUCUCAAGUUCUUUAUUUCCUCGUUUCUCAAGCACCAUUACUGAAAGAAAACAGCUUCCGGAUUAAUCGUCUUACUGGAGAAAUACAGCUCUCAGGAUGCUUAGAUUAUGAGACAGCUCCUCGAUUUACACUUCUGAUCAGCGCCAGGGACUGUGGACAACCCUCACUGUCGUCCACGGCCACUGUCCACGUCCACGUGCAGGAAGGCAACAACCACAAGCCCUCAUUUGCCCACAACCACUAUGAGAUGCAGAUUUCUGAAGGCCAGGUCAGCCAGGAUGUGUUGCAUCUCCAUGUUCGAGAUCGUGACUUGCCGUUUACAUCAGCUUGGAGAGUCAAGUUCAACAUACUGAAUGGCAACGCGGAGGGACAUUUCAACAUUUCGACUGACCCCGAGACCAAUGAUGGGAUCUUACAGGUCAUCAAGCCUUUGGAUUACGAGACCGGCCCAGCACCAAGCCUCCUCAUUGUCGCGGAGAACGAGGAGCCGUUUUUCUCCUGCAAGGCGGGCAGGCUUCAGCGGCUGCAGGAGGCGGAGGCGGUGGCCAGAGCGACGGUGCGCGUGCGGGUGCUGGACGCCGACGUACCGCCCGCCUUCCACCCGCCUAGCUUCCUGGUCAGCGCCCAGGAUGGUGCCGGGCCUGGCAUCCACCUGGGCACUUUCAACGCCUCGGACCCUGACAGAGCUGCAGGCCAGAUCCGGUAUGAACUAGUUCAUGAUCCCGCAAACUGGGUCACGGUAGACGAAAACUCUGGAGCAGUUCUCACCACCAAGCAAAUUGACCGAGAGUCCCCCCACGUCACCGACAGCUUCUACACCAUCAUCGCCCACGCGGUCAAUGACGGCCUCCUGCAGAAGACAGGCACUGGGACCCUGGUGCUUUUCCUGUCUGAUAUCAAUGACAAUGCUCCCUCCCUCCGGCCCCACUCCCGCUACCUGGAGGUCUGUGAGUCUACCCUGAAGGAGCCGCUGCUCAUCCAGGCAGAGGACCCAGACCUGGCGCCCUACUCAGACCCGUUCACGUUUGCACUGGACAGAAGCUGGAGAGACACGGGAGACACAUGGCAACUGGGGAAAAGCUGGGGCCUGUCAGUCGAACUUUCCAUGUCGAGAAGCCUCCCGCAGGGCAACUACUCAGUGCCGCUCUUCAUUGGAGACAAGCAGGGGCUCUCCCAGAAGCAGACCGUGCAUGUGAGGAUCUGCCCCUGUCCCGACGGGCUCACGUGUGUGGAGCACGCAGCCGUGGGGGCAGGGCUUCUCGAGGGGGCCCUGUUCUCAGUCUGUGCAGCGUUGGUGGCUCUGGCAGUACUUCUGCUUUUCCUGCUGCGAUGCUAUUUGCUGUCCAAACGCAGGAGGCUCAGAUUGCCGAUCCUGAGCUCCCACGCCCAUCAGACUCUGACGAUAUACAACGACGAGGGUCCGGCCGAGUCAACGCAGAUGCAGUUGGCUAUUGAGGACCAGAUGCCAGCUCCAGCAAUCAACAUGGCCGCAGCACGAGCCGAGCUGGGUGCUCAGGACCUCCAUGAAAUGCUGCCAUCUACAGAGAGUGCUUCGAGACAGAUACAGUUUGCUCUGGGGACUCCACUGAGUUACAGAAGUGCACCUCCUGCUGCGGUAAUCUCGCUGGUGACUGACAGCUGGUCGCCUUGAGAGGGGACCCUUCUAGAGGUUUCUGCGAUGCUGGUAGCACAAA